AUGACUGCACUGAGUAAAAUGAUCCUGUUUCUGAAAAAUGCAUGGUCAAAGGAUCAAAUUAUCGUUCUUUCUUUCGGCAUUGGUUUUAUGACUUUGUUGGGACCCUGGGUCAGUCCCUUAACGAAAUUCAGUGCCAUGAUCAACCAGGCUGCAUCAUAUACAUAUCCAGUUCUGGUUCAGGAUGAUGGCAAUAUGCCAGAUAUUCCCUCCCACUCUUGUGACAAGGAAGGGCCGUCUAAAGAACUUCUGAGAUAG